CUAGCUGGAGGGGACAUGAUGUGGUGGCCUGUGGGCGCGUCCUUGUUUGCCAGCAACAUAGGAAGUGGACAUUUCGUAGGCCUGGCAGGGUCGGGCGCUGCGGCUGGCAUUUCCGUAGCUGCUUAUGAGUUUAGUGGCAUAUUUUCCGUGCUGACGCUGGCCUGGAUCUUCCUGCCCAUCUACAUUGCAGGUCAGGUCACCACGAUGCCAGAAUACCUCAGGAAACGCUUCGGCGGCAACAGGAUCCCCACCCUCCUGGCUGUGCUCUACCUGUUUAUCUACAUCUUCACCAAGAUUUCGGUGGACAUGUAUGCAGGCGCCAUCUUUAUUCAGCAGUCUUUGAAACUGGAUCUGUACCUGGCCAUAGUUGGGCUGUUGGCCAUCACAGCUCUAUACACGAUUGCAGGUGGCCUGGCUGCUGUGAUCUACACGGAUGCUCUGCAGACUGUGAUCAUGCUCGUAGGAGCAUUCACCCUGAUGGGCUACAGUUUUGCUGCGGUCGGAGGGCUGGAGGGCCUGGUGGAGAAGUAUUUCCUGGCCCUGGCCACCAACCGGACUGAGAACAGCAGCUGCGGACUGCCCCGAGAAGAUGCCUUUCAUAUCUUCCGAGACCCGCUGACCUCCGACCUCCCGUGGCCCGGGAUCCUGUUUGGAAUGACCAUGCCGUCCCUCUGGUACUGGUGCACGGACCAGGUGAUCGUCCAGCGGAGCCUGGCGGCCAAGAGCCUGUCCCACGCCAAAGCGGGCUCCCUGAUGGCCGCGUACCUGAAGGCGCUGCCCCUCUUCGUCAUGGUCUUCCCCGGGAUGGUCAGCCGCGUCCUCUUCCCGGAUCAAGUGGCCUGUGCCGAACCCGAGAUCUGCCAGAGGGUCUGCGGCAACCCCUCGGGCUGCUCUGACAUCGCGUACCCCAAACUCGUGCUGGAGCUCCUGCCCACAGGGCUCCGAGGGCUCAUGAUUGCUGUGAUGGUGGCCGCGCUCAUGUCCUCCCUCACCUCCAUCUUUAACAGUGCCAGCACCAUCUUCACCAUGGACCUCUGGAACCGCCUGCGGCCCCGGGCGUCUGAGCGGGAGCUCAUGAUUGUGGGCAGGCUGUUCGUGCUGCUCCUGGUGGUGGUCUCCAUCCUCUGGAUCCCGGUGAUCCAGGCCAGCCAGGGCGGCCAACUCUUCAUCUACAUCCAGUCCAUCAGCUCCUACCUGCAGCCGCCCGUGGCUGUGGUCUUCAUCAUGGGGUGUUUCUGGAGGCGGAGCACUGAGCAGGGCGCCUUCGCGGGUCUGACCGUGGGCCUUCUCCUGGGCUUGGUGCGGCUGGUCCUGGACUUCGUUUACACGCAGCCGCAGUGUCACCAGCCCGAUGAGCGCCCCGCCGUGGUGAAGGAUGUGCACUACCUCUACCUCUCCACCAUCCUGUCUGCCGUCACCCUCGUCACCAUGUCCGCCGUGAGCUGGCUCACCGAGCCCCCCUCCACGGAGAGGGUCAGUCGCCUGACCUGGUUCACGCGCCAUGACCCCAUGGUCCACAAGGAACAGGUGCCACCAGCCACUCCGCCGCCCACCACCCUCCCUCCGAAGGGGCCGGCGGAGGCCAGCAGCCGCGACCUGCCGCUGGAGGCCCUGCAGGGGAGCGAGGCCAGGCCGCACCGUGAGUGGCGCCUCCAGGAGCGCUCCCGCGCGGUGAGGGCCCUGCUGUGGCUGUGUGGCAUGGACGACAAGGGCCCGGCGGAGCCCAGCAGCAGCGCGGAGCCCGCCAUCGCGUCCCUGGAAGAGCGCCCCGUGGUGAAGGCCCUUCUGGACAUCAACCUCGUCCUCUGCAUCGGCUGCGGCGUCUUCCUCUGGGGCUACUUUGCUUAGU